GUCAGGCGCACAGUCGGACAGUUAUUUGUCAAACACAGGAAGUGUAGUAGAGGUCGCUAUCACUACUGCGCACCACAACCAUACAUUGCACGCAUGUGGAUUUUAGUAGGUUGAACAAAUAUUGUUUUCAAAGAAAAUGUGUACACCGGAAACGACAGCAUCCAAGACAGCCGUAUGAGAUGGAGACAAAGAGGGCAAGUCAGUGGAAUAUUCGCUAAUUACUUAACAUGGCAGGAUGUAUCACUUGAAACUAGUGUAUAAUAACUACAUCGUCUGAUUCCACUGAGGGGGUUGCGCACAUAUCGGCAACAAUGCCGCUGUCGGACUUUCUGGACAGCCUGAAGGACAACCCGUACUUCGGGGCUGGGUUUGGACUGGUUGGGAUCGGGACAGCCUUGGCAGUGGCCAGGAAAGGUGCCCAGGUGGGAAUGAUCUUCUUCCGCAGGCACUACAUGAUCACCCUGGAGGUCCCCAGCAGGGAUAAGAGCUACCACUGGCUGCUGAGCUGGAUCACCAAGCACAGCAAACACACUCAGCACCUGAGCGUGCAGACCUCCUACCUGGCACACGAGAGCGGGCGGGUUCACACACAGUUUGACUUCCACCCAAGCCCUGGGAACCACAUCAUCUGGUACGGGAGGAAGUGGAUCCGGGUGGAGAGGACCAGAGAGAAGCAGAUGGUGGAUCUGAACACUGGAACCCCGUGGGAGUCCGUAACCUUCACUGCUUUAGGCAGAGACAGACAGAUUUUCUUUAAUAUCUUACAAGAAGCAAGAGAACUGGCCCUGAAGCAGGAAGAGGGAAGGACAGUGAUGUACACCGCCAUGGGCGGCGACUGGAGACCAUUCGGCUUUCCACGGCGACGCAGACCCCUCAGCUCCGUGGUGCUGGAGGGGGGCUUGACCGAAAGGAUCGUAGACGAUGUGAAGGAAUUCAUUGGGAACCCCAAGUGGUACAUGGACAGAGGCAUACCCUACAGAAGAGGAUAUCUGCUGUAUGGCCCCCCAGGGUGUGGAAAAAGCAGCUUUAUCACGGCUCUGGCAGGCGAGCUGGGCUACAGCAUCUGUCUGAUGAGUCUGAGCGACCAAAGCCUUUCAGACGACCGUCUGAACCACCUCCUGAGCGUGGCACCGCAGCAAAGCAUCAUACUGCUGGAGGAUGUAGAUGCAGCCUUUGUCAGCCGAGAGCUGCUUUCCACAGACAACCCGGUGGCCUACCAGGGAAUGGGGAGACUGACCUUCAGUGGCCUGCUUAAUGCUCUGGAUGGAGUGGCUUCAUCUGAGGCCAGAAUAGUUUUUAUGACCACCAACUUCAUUGACAGGUUAGACCCAGCACUGAUCCGACCCGGCCGCGUUGACCUGAAGCAGUACAUUGGCAAUUGCACGCACUGGCAGCUUACGCAGAUGUUCCGGCGGUUCUACCCAGGCGAGCCUGCCUCCGAAGGAGAGCGGUUUGCUGAGCGUGCGUUGGCCGUCCACGCUGAGAUCAGCGCCGCCCUGGUGCAAGGGCACUUUCUGCUGCACAAAAUGGACCCCGUAGGAUCGGUAGACAAUGUUGCGCAAAUGAAAUAAUGACAGGACUGCUAAGCGUUUGA